UAGUUGUUUUUUUUUUGUGAGCAGGUGUGCUCCACCGUUGCCGUUGCUCCAAAGUCGAAGAAAGAAUCGUUUUAAGCAGCAUGAAAAAAUUCCAAUAGCCGAAAGGCAAUCGCCACUUAAUAAUAUAUAAUAUAUGUGUUGAUGCAAAAAUACGAGGCGCAUACUACGCCCACGCGUACAAGUUCAGAGCAGGCGACAACUACAACAAGAAAUGAGCCAAAAGGCAGCGACAAAAGCACCAGUGAUAAGAGAAAUAAUAUAUUAAAGUCGACGUGAAAAGAAAUCUUGCCAGCAGCAGCAGCCGACGCAGAAGCAGCGACAAAUGAAAAUAAAGCGAUAGAGUGCAACGAAAUGUGAAAAGCAAUUUUGUGCGAAAAAUAAAGUGCAAUAAAAUUCAAUUAUAAAAAAAAACAUUAAAGCAAAGAGGAUACAAAAAAUAAUUGGAUAAACAAAUUCAAUUAAAUAUCAACAAAUAAGAAAAAAGUGUGUACCUGCAACACGUGCCCCCCCGCCCACACUGAAGGGGCAUGGCCCAUUGCCCACUGGUGAGCAUCCGUUGGAGCAGCCGCAGCAGCAGCAGCAGCAAUUAGAUUGUGCGGAAGCCAAAAAGAAAAGAGAGAAUUUAGUGUCUCUGUUCUUGUUGUUGCUGGCGGCGCUGCUGCUCUCUCCCCCGACCCGCGUCCGUAUUUUUUGUGUGUGUGCUUAUGUGUAUCUGUGUGAGAGCGCCGCCAGCAGGCAUUGAAUGUGACAGCACCGACUCCAUGUCCAAAGCGACUACAAAAGAAAAUGCAGUUUAAGUGAAUUUCCUGCGUGGACGACACGACAGCCAAUUACGGAAGCGGGAUCGAGUGCCGCUAAUCCGCUGAUCCCCACCAAAUCCGAGCACCGCGCCACAACGCAACACAGCGAGAGAAAGCCAGUCUUAGCGAUGGCCUCCACACCGACACAAGCAGCCGCACCAGUACCAGUGUCCACGCCACAAAACUACAAAGUGCCAUCGACCAGCAAGAUAUCCGUGGACAAGCUGCUGCGCGUCGGCUACUAUGAGCUGGAGAAGACCAUCGGAAAGGGAAACUUCGCUGUCGUGAAGCUGGCCACAAACAUUGUGACCAAGACAAAGGUGGCCAUAAAGAUCAUUGACAAGACAUGCCUCAACGAGGAGUAUUUGAGCAAGACGUUCCGGGAGAUCUCCAUACUGAAGUCCCUGCGGCAUCCGCACAUCACGCGUCUGUACGAGGUGAUGGAGUCGCAGUCGAUGAUCUACCUGGUGACUGAGUAUGCGCCCAAUGGGGAGAUCUUUGACCAUCUUGUGGCCAAUGGACGGAUGAAGGAGCCGGAGGCGGCUCGCGUCUUCACGCAGCUCAUCUCGGCGGUCCACUAUUGCCAUCUCCGCGGGGUGGUGCAUCGCGAUCUCAAGGCCGAGAAUGUGCUGCUCGACAAGGACAUGAACAUCAAGCUCGCGGACUUUGGGUUCAGCAAUCACUUCGAGGAGGGGGCCACACUGCGAACCUGGUGCGGAUCCCCGCCCUAUGCCGCCCCCGAGGUGUUCCAGGGGCUCGAGUACGACGGACCCAAGUCGGACAUCUGGAGUCUGGGCGUUGUUCUGUACGCCCUGGUCUGCGGUGCCCUGCCCUUCGAUGGGAAGACCAUUCUGGAGCUAAAGAGUCGGGUGGUGCUGGGAAAGUUCCGCAUACCCUUCUUCAUGUCCCAGGAAUGCGAGCACCUCAUCCGCAACAUGCUGGUGGUUGAGCCGGACCGGCGCUACACCAUCAGGCAGAUCAUCAAGCACCGGUGGCUCAGCGAGUGGCAGUCCGAGCUGCAUGAGGAGGAACGUGAAGGCUGCGAGGGCACAGCGCUUCCCUUUGCCGGAGGCUCCAUGUCCAACUCCGCAUCGAGCUCGUCGCUGAGCAGCGUGGUCGACUCCUCGCCGCCGCAGCUGGACUCGGUGGUUAUGACGCACAUGCUGCAGCUGCCCGGCCUGACCGCGGACAUGAUCGCCCAGUCGGUGCACGAGCAGCGCUUCGACAACAUCUAUGCCAUAUACAAUCUGCUGCAGGACAGGCUGCAGCAGAAGCGACGCGAAAACCAAAGACUGCAGCACCACGCCAGCCUCGCCUACUCGAGGUCCCGCAAGACGAGCAUCACGACAGGCGUGGUGGACCGGUCGGCCGAGCCUAUCAAGCAGGAAUCCCUCGAGCGCCUCAGUCCGCUGAGCAGUGCGAACGCCUCCUCCAGCUCGGCUCUGGGCUUUGGCUGGACCGAUGUGGCCGUGGAUCUGGAGAAGUUCGGCGACUUUGAACUCGAAUGCCUGGCGCGGUCCAAUGAGCCUCCUGUAAACCAGCAUCAUUUGUGUGCCAACACAGUCGUGAACGGGGCCAAUACACGACGCCAUACCGUGGGUCCAGGCGAUGUGGCCCACGAGCAGGCCCUGGCCAAUCCACACGUGCCGCCCAUCGACUUUAAGUGCCCUCCGCAAUGCAAUAAUCCCGCUCAGGCCGUGCCCUAUUAUCCCAUGAAUCUGCCCAUGCUGCAGAACCAGCCGCUGCACAACCUUACCAUCAAGGAUCAGCAUCUUUUGAAGCCACCCGUUGUAAUGGGUGCCAGUUCCUUUGGACGUCGCGCCUCGGAUGGCGGGGCCAAUCUGCACAUCUACUACCCUGCCAGUGGCACUGUUGGUGGUCCAGCCCAGGGCCAGCAAAUGGACACGGCCGGCUACUAUAUCAAUCCCAACUGUGGGCCAGAUCCCGGUAUCCCUCAGGAGCUGUCGCCGCUCAACGAGCAAGCAGCGGCUCAAAUGGCUCAAAUGCACUGCUGCCCUGACGGCAACGCGGGUGACUGCAACGAGGAGCUCCAAAGCUACAUGCAGAAGCGUGGCGGUGUCAAGCGCCAUACCGUGGGCUGCACUGAUGAUCUCUCUGUGACGCAUGGACCCGGUACGGGGCCAGGUUCCUCCCAGGCCCCAGCAUCCGCCUCAAACAUGCGACAACGCCGAACGGGUCUGCUUACGGUGACCGAGCGGCCGCCAGUGAUUCAUCCCGAGCUAAUACGCGAGGUCGAGUCUCGCAUGAAUCGCGACUAUCUACCGCCCACACUCAAAUCUCUCAGUCAGUCCCCGCCGAAUGGCACCUACGGAGUCGGCCUGGCCAUGGCCAAGGGCGUGUCCCCGCCGCACUCCCUGCCGCUGGUGGCAUCGGCUGGUGGUUCUGUGCCCCUGGUUGCAGCCAAUAAUCGUCGCAUCCAUCGCGUUGUCCACUCGAAGCUGCCCACCGUGCAGGAGGGUGCGACAAUAGGACGCUACAGUCCGGUGCGGCGGGCCUCAGAGGGAUCGAAGAGCCAGUUCCAGGGACCGCUCCAGGAAUGCCAAUCCCUGCAGAAAGGUAUUGCACAGAGAAACUUUUUGGUUGCACCCAGUCCGCCGCUUUUAGAAAAUUCGAUCAGUCUGCCAGGUUCCCCCAUACAUGGGAAGCCAGGAAUGGGCCUCCAGCUGGCUCUGCGACGUGGCCAUGACAUUGCCAUUCCGCCGGAUGCGAUCAAGGCACUGCUGCCGGCACUGGAUCGCCUGGUCAAGGAGCAGCGUGUGAGCUACGAAAUCGCCAACAAGAUAAUCUCAUCGCAUGUGGUGCCUCUCGAUCUGGCGCCACUGCUGGGUCUCUCGGCCCAUGUCCAUGCCAGCGGGGCGGCUGUCAGUGGCGGUCAUCUGGACCAGAGCCACCUCCUGCACCACCAGCAGCUGCAGCAGCAACAGUUCCAGCCCAUGCACAGCUUCAGCGUAUCCCCGAUUAGCCUUCCCCACGCCGCAGUGCUGAAUGCCUCGCUAACCUCCGCCAAACAGAUGUUCGGGCAGCCGAUGGGCGGCUAUCCCCAGUACCCGACGGCCAUGACACUGCCGCUGCAGCCGCAGCACCAGCACCAACUGGUGGGACAGUUCAGCAGCAUCAACCUGGGGGCCAGCAAUUCCAACUCGAGCAGCGGCUGCCAGUCGCCCGUGUACAGCAACAGCAGCUUCAGCGGCAGCUGCUCGCCCAAUCCCUACCUGCCCUGUGUGCCCGCGGUGCUAUCGCCUGUGUGCAGUGCUGGGGGACCCUCUUCGCCGAUGCAUCAGAUCACCAAGGGUAUCUCGGUUCUGACCACAGGCAGCGGCAGUGGCGGUGGCUCCAUUACACGCGGCACAUCGGCGGCAAGCGAAGGAGCGGCUGCUGCUGCAGCUGCCAAUCAGCCGCUGGAUCUGUCCAUGGAUGUCUGCGGCGGAGUCCACGGCGAGCAACCGUCGGACUAUGCCACGCCCAACUGGUUUAUACCCUGCACUACGGCAGUGUACUAUGACCUGAAGCCGUUGAAUCUGUCGCCGGCGCAGCCAGUGCGUGUGGUGCCCACGCCCCCUGCCUCGCCCAAUCUGUGCAUCAUCCAGGAGGAGAACGGCAACGGUCAGAUGUGUCACACGAUCACGACCGGAAUGCCCUAUGCCGGCUGCACUGGCGGGAUCACGCCGCAGAUCUGCCUAACCGAUGUCCAGGGGAGCGAGAUCACCUUGGUGGCCCUCUCAUCGGAUAAUAGUCGCGAUAGCGAGGACUCUUUGGAACAACACACGCCCGUCAUGUCACUGCAGGGGUUGAUCAUUACAGAACCCCACAGUGAUAUGCCCUCCAUAACGCGUGGAAUCGGACGCAAGGCGAGCCUGGACUGCGAACCCAGCAGCAACCACGUGACGGCCACUAGUUCCACCUCCCAGACCGAGGCUCAGUGUCGGCGGGGGAGCGACAAGUCGCUGGGGUUUUCUGACGAUUCCCUCAGCAAUGACUCGAAUAAUCUUUCGCCCUGCCAGGAGCCGUCGGCCAGCUCGGGCUUCAAGUCAGACUCACAUUCCGAGAUGGGAGACCACACGGAGUGUGGCCACCUCACACCGGACUCGAUGUGCGACUCGCGACGGAUGUCGGAUGAGAUGUGCUACGAGGUGCCGCUGCCGCACGAGUGCUCCAACCUGGACUCCACCCGCAUCCUGGAGAUGGUGAAGCAGACGAUCGACUCGACCAUGCCGCCCAAGGGGUUUGUUCUGCACAAGGGCAGUAUCAGUUCGGAAGACAGCGGGGCCGAGUCGCGUUACAGCAGCGCCUCGAAUGCCUCCAGCUCGAAUACGGCCUGCGAGCCUUCAGGACAACCCCUGGCCUCCGCCUCUGGCUAUAGCGAGCCCACCACCAAUCUCAGCCUAGAGUACUCCGGCGGCCUGCAGAUCGAGCUGCAGGUGUGCGAGGGACGCAGCCGGGACCAUCAGGGAGCCGGCAAAGGCAUCAAGCUGCGUCGCAUCUCAGGCGACCAAUUUGAGUACGGCAAGAUCUGCCAGCAGCUGAUCAGCACGAUCACCAUGCAACAGGUGGCCGGCUGAGCCCCUCAAUGGGUGUACCCUGUCUCUUCCCCUCCCUAGCUACCUACUAAAUGACUACUCGCCUUGCCUAAACUCUGCGUAGCUGUGAUUAAAGCCGAUAUGUACGAUAUAUCUAUAACAAUAUGCAUGUUUAUCCUAGUAUGUGUGUGAAGGACUUGAGCAAUUCAGACGAGUAUAAUUCUAUUAUGUAAAUACAUACGUCUCUAGCUACAUUUUUAUUAUGAAAUUCAAAUUUAGAUUCAAAUUUAAACCCCAUUUCAGAUCUUCUAGAUGUAGUAGCAUAAUCAAAAUCAAUGAAUAUCAAAUAUACACUUUUUGUAUUGCUAUUUAACCUGAUUCUUAGAUAGAACCUGGUAAAAUAUUCGAGAAUAUCCCCUCCCCACCCUUCAAACCAUACAACAUUAUAGAAAUUAUAGAAUUUAUGCACAUAUUUUAGAACGAUAUGUGUAUUUCAAGUAUAGGAAUGGCGAGAAGUUCUUAAAAAAACCGACGACAAGAGCAAGUAAAAUGCAUUCCAGUAGCAACAAUGUUCAUACAAAAGCAACAAAUGUUCGUACUAGCUAUAAAUAUAAUAUAGAUACGUAGAUCUAGCGAUAUAUAGAUACUAUAUGCGUAUAUCCAUUAAUUUUAAGUUCAAUUCUUGUGCAAUUCGUAAGCGUAAAAAGCGUUUAGUUCAACAAAGAUACGUACAUCUUUAUCCAUAUGCAAUAUAUAUGUAUGUAUGUAUGGAUAUUUUACAAAAUGUGUAGUUAGUUCUCUAUCCUCUAAAUGUUAUGCAUUAUGCGAUAAGCUCUCGAUUCCGUUUAAAAUUUAAACAAUUUUUAUAACUUCUGUAGUAAAGAAUUCAAGUUUGUUCGUUUGUUAACCGAUCCUACGAUUAGAGAGUGUGACGUCGUGCCCCCAAAAGCGUCAUAACAUAUAUUAUUAGACAUCCCCCAAAACAUUGAGAAAUGUAACCUUUUUUUUUCAAGAAAGACUGCUGUGAUUUUAAAUAUAACUAAUUAAUUUAAACCGAUAGGAGAAGAGUUUAGAAGAAAACAGAAACAAAAAUACAAAAUAAACACGAAAUCAUGUAGUUAUAUACGAUUAUCAAAUUACAUAAAUUGUUCAACUUUAUCUUAAAUAAAUUACCAAUUCUUCGAAACAUACAAAA